CCAUUGUUGUCUUCGCGCUAAUGCAAUAAAAGCUUUGGAAAAUACUUUACUAAAAAACUUUACUAUCUCAGAUUUAGAUCUAAGUUAUAAUAAUAUUUCAAUGAAAUCUUUAUUUAAAGCUUUAGAAAGAAAUAACGCACUCACAAAAUUAAAUAUAAGCCAUAAAGAUCUCGAUAUCGAAGAAGGAAAAGCUUUGGCAAAUACUUUAGAAAUCAAUAAUACGCUCACUCACUUAUAUCUAAGUGAAACAAUAAAUGAUUCUGAAACAGGAAAAAUUUUUGUUGAAGCAUUAGGGAAGAAUAAAAAGCUUUCCGAAUUAGAUUUAAGUAACAAUUGCUUUAAUCUUGAAGUAGCAAUAGCUUUAACUAAAGCUUUAGAAAUUAAUGAAUCUCUUCGAAAUAUAGAUCUAAGAAAUAGCGAACGAGAAACAAAAAAUGAACUAAAAAAAUGGGCAAAAUAUAAAAUUUUUAGUUUAAAUGUUAAUAUUAUAUUGUAA